AUGAAAGAUUGGUUUUGGUUGCUGUUUGGACUGGUUGGCUUGGUGCAUGAGUUUCUUCUCUUUGAAAAAAAAAGGCUUAUAGAACAGAAGGCUCCUCAGUUGGCAGGUUCAUCCAAUUCAGUAGAUGCGGAAGAGAUUUAUUUUGAUUUCAUGAAGCAAAGGUUCGUCUAUUCAAAAGAGACAAAUACUUUCUGCAAACUUUGUUAUCCUACAAAGGAAACAAUGGGGUAUUAUCUGAAAACCAGUGGCUAUGGUACUGAAGUUGUGGCUGCUACUAAGAAAUGGGGAAGGAAUUUAAUUGAAUAUCCUUCGCCUACCCUCACAAAAUUAAUGAAAAAGCAAUGCAUGCAACCAACUUUUGUAUUUCAGGUCUUCUCUGCCUUGUCAUGGAGUAUAAAUGGGUACUGGUAUUACAGCCUCUUUGCCCUUUUCAUGCUGUUUAUGUUUGAGUCAAUUGUGGCAAAAGCAUGUUUGAUGAUAAAAUCCGCACUUGCAUACACACGAGGGGUCAGCCAGUCUCGGAUUCUGAUGGUGUAUCUUUGUGGGAAGUGGAAGAAACUGUCUGGGACAUAA